AUGCAGAUCGCUUCGCAAGAAAACACGAAUUGCAAAAAGUGCACCAGACCGGAUGAUGCCGAAAACAUGGUCGGUUGUGAUACAUGCGACGCCUGGCAACACUACGGAUGUGCAGGCGUGUCGGAAUCGAUCGCUGGUUCCAAUCGAUCAUGGAAGUGCGAUGGGUGUCGCCUGAAAUCAAUACCAGUAGCCGAGGCAGUAGGCAGUCCAAGUUCGACGGCUUCGGCGUACACCUCCGCUUCAAGCAAGAAGUCACGACAAGCUCAACUUCGUCUUGAAUUAUUGGAGCAGCAAAAUGAGAUCAGGAUGAGGAAAUUAGAAGAAGAAGAGAAAUACUUAAAAGAAAGGUUCGAACUACUUAUGCGAAUCGAAGAAGAGGAAGAUGCUGCCAGCAGUAGAAGUAGAGUAAGUGCAAGGUCCAAGCGGGAUAGAUUGGAGGAAUGGUUGGAAGCAGAAGUACCGGCAGCCUCGAAAUGCUUGGAAAGAGAAUGUGGCGAUCUGGAGGUUAUACACGAUCAAAGCGGAAAUUCCCGAAGGAGCAUACAAGCAACCGCCGAAGAAUUAUGGAUGACAGCACCUACACUUGAAACGCAGUCAGUUUCAAGAGAGGUGAAUAAUCUAAACCCCUUCUUAUCGCAAACUGUGUCCGCUCCAGCAGCGAUGAAGAAUCCUCCAAAUGUUGUUCAUCCGGCUCACACAAUCAUGCAUGAUAGUUUGAGAGUACCUCCCGACGAGCCUCCCGCUGCACAUCUGCAGCAGAACCACUACUUUCUUUCGGAGAAAUUCACCAGACCAGGUCCAGUAAAUGAAAAAGGGCCAACCAUGCCCAUGAAUACUCGUCAAACUAUUGCUGACGACGUGCUUGUUUCUCCACGCCACGAACAACUUGGUAUGCCCUUAACGUUUCCGAGAAAGCGAGCAAUACUCGAGUCAACGCAGGCAAAACCUCAGAUACACUACCCGAAUCCAGAACGCUGCGAGACAGAGCCAGUCGUGCUCGGACCAACAGCAACUCAGCUUGCUGCUCGGCAAGUAAUGGCACGGGACCUGCCCUUCUUCUCCGGCGACCCAGAAGACUGGCCAAUAUUUUACAGCAGCUUCAAAAACUCCACUGCAGUCUGUGGGUAUAGCGACGCUGAGAAUCUGGCCCGAUUACAACGGUGUCUGCGAGGAAGUGCACUGGAUUCAGUUCGAAGCCGACUCCUUCUACCUUCAUCAGUUGCCAGCGUGAUGGCAACACUUCGGAUGCUGUUUGGAAGGCCAGAGAUUCUCAUAAACUCUCUUCUACGACGGGUGCGAUCGUCACCGGCACCCAAAGCCGACAACUUAAAGUCGAUAGUCGACUAUGGAUUAGCGGUUCAAAACCUGAUCGACCACAUGAUUGUAUCGGAACAGCAGAACCAUCUGGCAAACCCAUUACUACUCAACGAAUUGGUUGAAAAACUACUAACACACUUUAAGUUACAGUGGAGUAGCUUCAAGCAGACACAGUUACACAUUGAUUUGAGGACAUUCAAUGCUUUCAUAUCGAAUCUCGUCUGCUUGGCGUCGGACUUGCUGGUGAAUUCCGAAGCAUUUCUCGGUAACGCAAAAGCAUCUCGCUCAGACAAGCACAAGGAGAAACUUUUCGUGCAUAGUGAAGGGUCAUUAAACGAAACGGAAAAAGAGCAUCUUGCUAUGCAGCAAAUUCAAGACCGACCAGCAAAAGGCUGUAGCUACUGCGAGGAAGAAAGUCACCAGAUUGCAGGUUGUCAUUCGUUCGAAACUCUAACCAUCGACGCCCGCUGGAAGUCCAUCCGUAGUAAAAAUCUAUGCAGAACAUGCCUGGUGCCACAUCGGAAGUGGCCUUGCCGCUCUAAAAAGGAAUGCGGAAUAAAUGGAUGUCGAUCGCGUCACCACCAACUAUUACACACCCAGAAUACCCAUCAGUUGGAGCAAGUAUUACCCCAUACAGGAGAUGGCGUUCAGGCUCAUCAGAAUCAUCACCGUAGCCAGUCUGUCUCGAUAUUCCGCUACAUCCCGGUGAAACUGUUCAGUAACAACAGAGUAGUCCGUAUUUUCGCCUUUCUGGACGAAGGGUCUAGCUCAACACUACUCGAAGCCCAAAUAGCAGAAGAGCUGGGACUAGAUGGGCCAUCCGAUUCAUUGUGGCUAUCGUGGACAGGAAAUAUUUCCAGAGAAGAGAAAGGAUCCAAGCGCAUUAGUGUAACCAUUGCCGGUGAUAACCUGAAGCAAAAGUACACAAUCGAUAACAUUCAGACCGUCGACGAGCUAAAUCUACCAAGACAGUCAUUCGACUACGAGAACCUGGCUGGUCAAUUCCCACAUCUUGUCGGAUUACCUCUUAAAGGUUAUACCAACAUCACUCCUAGAAUAAUCAUUGGUUUGGAGCAUGUGCGACUCCUCACUGCUCUAAAAACACGCGAAGGAAGGAACGGAGGGCCAGUAGUAGUAAAGACUAGAUUGGGGUGGUGUGCCUUUGGCAAAGAUUCUGGAAAACUCCGAUCAUCAUCGGUGCAUCUAAAUCACCACGCGCUUGACACCAUGUCUAAUCAAUCGCUGCAUGAAGUAAUGCGGAGCUACUUUGCAAUAGAGGAAAGUGCGGUUUCGGUGAGACCGGAAGGAGAAGAUGACAAACGUGCCAUUCAAAUUCUCGAACGUACUACGGUUAAGAAAGACAAUUAUUAUGAGACCGGUCUACUCUGGCGAAUGGAUGAUCCGACGUUUCCCAAUAGCUUGCCAAUGGCGAUAGGUCGACUGAAGAGCUUAGAGAGACGUUUAGCUCGGGACCCAAAACUAGCGGCGAAUGUUCAACAUCAGAUUGCGGAUUACAUAGAAAAAGGCUAUGCGCACGAAGCUUCUGAAGCAGAACUACAGAAUUCUGAUUCCCGACGCGUGUGGUAUCUUCCGUUGGGAGUUGUCGUUAGUCCGAAAAAACCCGAUAAAAUAAGGCUCAUUUGGGACGCAGCGGCCAAAGUGCAAGGAAUCAACUUUAACGACCUCCUGCUCAGGGGACCCGAUUUGCUUGUAUCACUGGUGGAAGUCAUUCUUCGGUUCCGAGAGAGAAGCAUCGCAGUGUGUGGUGACAUCUGCGAAAUGUUUCACCAGAUCAAGAUUCGGUCAGAAGACAAGCAAUACCAACGGUUUCUCUGGCGUAACGAACCAGGGCACAAAAUCGAAGUGUACAUCAUGGAUGUUGCCACAUUCGGCGCAACUUGUUCGCCCUGCUCAGUACAUUACGUGAAAAAUAAAAACGCUGAAGCACACGCCGCGGAGUAUCCACGAGCAGCAAUGGCAGUUAUUAAAAAUCACUACGUCGAUGAUUUCCUCGACAGCACAGACACAGUGGAAGAAGCCAUAGAACUAGUGAAUCAAGUAAAAACCAUCCAUUCUGCAGCAGGAUUCAAAAUUAGGAAAUUUCGAUCAAUUGCACCAGAAGUCGUUUCAGCUGCUGGUGAAACUGAACAACUAUCGGGAAAACCAAUCAACGGAGAAAAACAAGUCGCCGGUGAUCGUGUACUAGGGCUAAUCUGGGACCCAGCUGAGGACGCUUUUACGUUCGAUGCGUCCGGUAUCGAUAAACAGCAACUGCGAAACGGAUGUGUAAUCCCAACAAAAAGACAGGUGCUUCAAGUAGUGAUGAGGAUAUUCGAUCCUCUCGGUUUCGUUUCACACUACACGAUUCAUGGAAAAAUUCUGAUGCAAGAAAUUUGGAGAAGCGGGACCAACUGGAACGAACCAAUAUCCCAAUAUUCCAAUAUUCUGGAUUUUUGGUAUCGGUGGUCAGAACUCCUAGCGCAGAUAGGAGAAGUGAAAGUGCCGAGAUGCUAUUUCGGGGAAGCUCCGUCCAAUUCAUUACAGGAACUGCAAGUGCACAUAUUUGUUGACGCAAGCGAAUCUGCUUACGCAUGCGUGGCAUACUUGAGAAUGAACUGCGUUGGGGGUAUACACUGUGCAUUCCUAGCAUCCAAGACUAAAGUAGCUCCUCUCAAGCCUCUUUCAAUCCCGCGGUUGGAGUUACAGGCCGCUAUGAUAGGAGCAAGAUUGUUACAGACGGUUUGCACCUCCCUAAGUCUUCCGGUCAGCAAAAGGUAUCUGUGGACGGACUCCACAACGGUGUUGGCUUGGCUCCGCUCAGAUAGUCGCCGAUACCAUCAGUUUGUUGGAUUUCGAGUAGGCGAGAUAUUAUCGCUCAGCAGCAUUGACGAAUGGAAAUACGUACCAUCCCGAUUAAACGUCGCUGACGAGGCCACCAAAUGGACCACCGGACCAACACCUAUCGAUCCGUACAGCCAAGGCUUGUGA